AAGUUUUAUACGAGUUAGGUUUUAGCGGCAGACAAAAUAGCAGAAUCCUCCUCUAACCAUGGCGACCAAACCAGCUGCUGAAUCCGUUCAAUGCUUCGGGCGUAAGAAGACAGCAGUGGCUGUCACCCACUGCAAACGCGGAUGCGGUCAGAUCAAGCUCAACGGCUGCCCGAUCGAGCUCUUCAACCCCGAGAUCCUCCGGUUCAAGAUCUUCGAGCCGGUCCUUCUCCUCGGGAAGCACCGUUUCGCAGGCGUGGACAUGAGGAUCCGCGUCAAUGGCGGUGGUAACACCUCCCAGGUCUACGCCAUCCGUCAGAGUAUCGCUAAGGCUCUUGUGGCGUUUUACCAGAAGUAUGUUGAUGAGCAGUCGAAGAAGGAGGUGAAGGAUAUUCUGAUUAGGUAUGAUAGGACUCUGCUUGUGGCGGAUCCGAGGAGGUGCGAGCCGAAGAAGUUUGGUGGUCGUGGUGCUCGUUCUCGUUUCCAGAAGAGUUACCGUUAAGAGUUUGGUUUGUUUUUGUUUGGAUCGUUGCAAGGUUUGUGUUUUUUUGUUGGGAGUGAUGAGUAUGAUGGAGUUGUGAGACUUUUAGAUUGUCAUUUUUCAGUUCUUUUGCUUUAUUUGGAUUAUGUUUGACGAUGUUUAUUUCUUUGAUAUCAGAAAAGAUUUAAUAUUUA